AUGGACUCACUUGCGGAACCAUCCUUCCACUUUGUGGCGUUCAAAGAGCCUCGUGGUAAGGGUCGAAACCGCGGCGAAAACUCCCUUUCACAGGCUCGGUCGCAUGCUGCCAGGGUCUCUCAUAAACAACGACGACAGGCAAGACAUGAGAAUCCAAAUCGCGAUCUCGUUUGGGUCAACCAGACCACAAAUACCAAGUCUGUCAUCAGUUCUUCAACCUUGUUGACUACACAAAGCAAGAUUCCUCCGAGCCCCUGGUCUCUAUUACCCCAACACAAGAGCGACCCUUUUGGCUCACAUCAGAUGGAAGUUUUACCUAAGUAUUUGAUUGACUGCAUGGAAUAUGCAUAUGAACAUGUCCAUCCGACGCUCAUUCUCGGGGCGACUUCAUCCCAUCGUGCCAUGAUCACAACGUCUUGGAGACGGUUAGGGCUAGAAUGGCCGUUGAUGUACCAUCUUCAAGUUGCCAGCGCAGCCAAUAUCGUCCGAGCGUCGGGCAAUACCACCCCCCUGCCAACACACAUGGAGAUCUCGAUAUUAAAUCAUCAAAGUGAAGGAUUGCUCCUGAUUCAGAAAGAGCUUCAAAGCUUGAAAGGAGCCUCUUCCGAUGCCCUGUUGAUGGCCAUGGUCAUGGCCGGCAUGCUUGCCAAUCCUGUCACCUCACAGAUGCCUGAGACCUUUCGUCUGUCCCCACUAGCAACUGCAUCUAACAUGCACAUAUACGGGAAACUAGAUGUUGUUCCAGAAACCCACCAUGUUCUUGUGGACAUGGUCACUAGGCGCGGAGGUAUCCAGACCGUCAAGACUUAUGGCAUGAGAUCUAUCCUACAAAUAGCUGACUUACAAUUUGCCACCCGGUUUGGUGUGGUUCCUUCUUUCCCAUGGGUUUAUGAAUCCCUGCUAUUUACCCGUGAACACGAGAACUUGAAAAGCUCGACAGGCUUCGACCAAUGCUUCCAGUUCACACCAAUAGACCCUGACCUGUCACUUGCACUUCGAUCAGCAGCAGAGGUCACUAUUCUUCUAGAAAAGCAUCGAACUCACCAAGAAAAUGCACCUAGAUUGGCAGACCUGGUAUUUGCUGCUGAUGAAGUACAUCACCGGCUAAUGAGCAUCGAAGAGCUUCGAUUCUUGGAUACUGACCCGACAUCACAUCUACAAGAUAUAUGUCGCUGGGCAGCUCUCAUUUAUAGCGAUCUGGUUUUGUUUCCCUUACCCGCUGCUACGAAAGUUAAGCCUAGACUUGCAGACAAACUGAAGGACGCGAUCAAACGGUUUGAAACUGUGUCUACCACCACUGAUCUUGCACAGUCGACAUUACUCUCACCUAAUGUUUCCAAUGUGCUACUUUGGGCAUUGAUGCUCGGAGGAUUCGCGUCGAUCUUCAGUCCACACAGUGCUUGGUAUACUCGAACUCUCGCACGAUAUCUCAAUCUCCAGUUCCAACUGUCCAAGUCAUCUAGGGAGCCUGACUGGCAAGACUUCAAAGCCAUCAUGUCUUCAUUCUUGUGGUGGGAUUACAUUUUUGAAGAACCGGGGGCGAGGCUGUGGUGGGAAGCGAGACUGUCCUAUUCUCCUGAGAAUUCUAGUGGUCUUUCCUCUGGUUCAGAUAUUCUCAGUAUCCUUUCAAGCUCAGACGCAGGCUGGUCGCCCUUGACCUGGCCAAGUCAAAACUUGUCUCCGUGA